AUGGAUCAGAUCACCAACGCUCUUGAACCAUGCAAGCAGUUCGCCAAAGACUCGAUGAGACUUGUGAAAAGAUGUACGAAGCCAGAUAGAAAGGGUAAUUGUUAACUUGUUUUUUCAAUUGUCAAGUGACGUUCCCGAAAUCGUUUGUAAUUUUCUUUGGUUUAAGCUUGAGUUGAGUAUUUUGUUGAGAAAAUGUUCCAAUUUUUAUCCUGAUCGUAAGGUUAAGCUCUUUGCUAUAUUUACCAGCGGUUUUUUGUUUUUGUCUUUUUUGUGGUCUAGUGAAAAUCGCCCAGUAUAGUAUUCUUUAGAGACUUAUCAGACUGCUUUCAUUUGAAUCUUCUUUUAGAUCCUUUAUAGUCCCUUAACAUUAUGGUGAUUUAAACUCCAAGUUCCUUUGUGUCCAACUUGGAACGGUACAAGUGAUCAAUUCAUUGUCUUGACGCUUGGAUUAUAAGUCUCAAAUAUAAUAAGUGAUGGUAACAGGACUGAGUGGAGUCCAGUUCGGUCUGUAAUCAUACGAGUGAUUAACCAAAUUGGAUGACUUCUUAGCGGAGUCUGACUUGUUUAACCACAAGUAUGAUUACAGACCGAAUUUGUGGACACAAAGUUCUGUUACCAAUAAUUGAUCAUAACUUAAACAAAAUUUGUGGUGUAUAAGGCUCUUUUUAAAAUCAAAACACGAGAAACUCCAAGAUUUUUUUUGCUAGCAAUGAAAAAAAAGCCAUUUAAGCAUGCGUGUGAUGGUGUGUACUGUCCUAUUAAGACUGAAAUCAGGGCAGUUGAUAACCAAUCAGAUUAAAGAAUUUGGUUAUAGUUAUGAUUAAUGGAGUAAUACCCUGCCACUUUCAAGCUGUAUUCCUGAAAGAGCUGAAUACAUGGAUACCUGAUCCUUCCUUUCAUAGGCUUUUCUAUCUUCAGUGGCUUUAAGAACGACAAAAAGACAUGUUAUGGGCUUUAUUGUUGUUCUUAGUGUAUAUUGAAGUGGAUACGCUGAUAAGUUGAUACUUCUAGGGCUUUCCAUUUGUCAGAACUGGCUGCUCAGACUAUGCCCGUCAUAAGAAGUAUUUCAAUGUUAAUCAGAACUGUUUAGCCAUUUUCUAGCCAGAUCAGUUAAUUCCUAUAAUAUGCAUGGAGUUGAUGGGUUUUCUUUUAAAAAGCGUAUUUUCAUAUUGAAUAACAAGUUUGGCUGGCAGUUCUAACUGUUGGAAAGCACCCUUAGUCAGCAUUGUGACAAGCAAAAAAUGAAGGAAACAGGACUUCUUAAAACAGAACAAGAAUAAACAGUGCAUAUAAUCUUGACUGAAUUAGAGCCUCAACAGGGUUGCCAUUAAGAAUUCUGGUAGCAGGAGAAAGGUGUAACAUUACAGGAGAAUAUUUUGAAAGAGGCUCCACGCCAAUGCCUAAUCAACACCCUGCUUUAAACCACAAGAGGAGUUUUCAUUUCUGGGCAUGACAGUGAAUCAUCUCAUUUUGUUUGCAGAAUUUCAGAAGAUUGCCCUUGCCACUGCUAUUGGUUUUGCUAUCAUGGGCUUCAUUGGCUUUUUUGUCAAACUCAUUCACAUCCCCAUCAACAACAUCAUAGUGCAAUGA